GAAUAAAUUGCAUUUAAUUAGUAAGGGCAUGAAGAGCUUAAAGUAAUACCGUUACGACAAGGAAUCGCUUACAAUGUGACCCAAUUUGCAGUGUGUACGUGUGUGGCUAAGGAAAAAGAAAAUAACAGUGGAGGUGGAAGUAGUAGUGAAUUGAAGGAAAUUACGUUUUGCUUUAAGUGAAAAUUGAUUGCGUCCACUAAAAUACACACAUACAUAUAUUGAAUUAUUCUUAACACCAAAAAAUUCAAGGCCUACUACGCCUUUCAUAAUAAAUGGUGUGAAAAGCGCAAAAACCCGAAAAGUGCCAUCGAAAAAUUCUAAGCAGGAUUUGUGGGGGAGUUGUGCUUGCCUGGCGGUGGUAGCUGAAAUUAAAGGACUUUAACAACAAAAGCUUUUGAAGUAUUCCACACAGUCAGCAGAGUGCGCCGUUCAUAAAUAUUUUUGGUUUUUUAUUUCGGGACAGCCCAAUGUCUUAGAUAUGUACGUAGCAUGCGAGUGCGCCUAGAAGCAAACUACAGCAGGCGAUAUCAAAAUAACAAUCUACAUACAUACAUAUUCAUUUAUGCAUGUAUGUAUGUGUGUGUGCAAAUAUUUUGCAAAAUCGUAUACGUAUCCGCUAAAUGCUCUCGCCACGAUUAUUUCUUCGCUGUGCUUCUUUGCUCACAUGAUUUUUGCAUUUUGACACAUUUUAGCGAAGCUAGAAAAUUUUCCAAAGCAAAAUAUGAAAAUGUUUUAAAACAGUUUACUCCGCUCCCUUUUUGACAGCUGAUUUUACAUGUGCAACAACAAAAAAAGUUUCACAACGAAACAGCACCAAAAAGUAUGAACCAAAGUGAGAGAGUAAGUGGUGGGUGCUGAGCGUAAGCGUCAAAAAUAGAAGUAGCCGUGAGCGCCAACAAAGUAAUCGGAGAGUCCUUCGAGUGGGCUGUGCCACUGACAGCUACCAGAAUAACAAAAAUAAUAACAACAACAACAACAACAACAACAACAAGCGGCUAUAUUACUUCACGUCCUUCAUUCAUUUACGACAGUGGAAAUAUGAAGAUCAAUGCAAAAAUGGCCACCCCUAUUGAGGAAAAGGUUGAUCAAAAUUUAAAGAUCCGUACUGGUAUGGUAAAUGUCAGCGAUGGCAAAAGCAAACCAGAACCAGUUAGACUGAAUUUAACUAUGGAACUAGUAACCUUACAAAGAUUAGAGGUAGUUACACCAACAAAUCCCCAACACAAUGGACCACCAAUGGAGUCAAAGGAGCGCAUGGUGCAGAUUACCCGUCAAAAGCAAGGCGGCCUUGGUUUGAGCAUAAAAGGCGGUGCCGAGCACAAAUUGCCUAUUUUAAUAUCGCGCAUCUACAAGGACCAAGCGGCGGACAUUACCGGCCAACUGUUUGUUGGCGAUGCGAUAAUUAAGGUGAAUGGCGAAUACAUCACAGCCUGUCCGCAUGACGAUGCGGUGAACAUAUUGCGCAAUGCUGGCGAUAUAGUCGUACUGACGGUGAAGCAUUACCGAGCGGCGACGCCAUUCCUGCAGAAGCAACUUGCCAAGGAGACGCCCGAUUCGGACAAUGAUGCAACAUGUGCGGAAUUAAAGGCUGACGAAGGCUUCAAGUCCUCGGUAAAUAAUGGCACAAUAAGUCGCAGCUGCAGUCGUCCGAUGUCAAUUUGCUCCGGCUCCGAACCGGAGAAGAAAUGGGUAGAGGUGGUGGCAGUGCCGCUGAUGAUGGCCUACGUAACGCGAUAUAUCUAUGGCACGGAUAAGUUACGCCCCAAUGCGUUUGAAGUACGCGGCCUUAAUGGCGCCUCGACUGGCAUAAUACACUGUGAUGAUUUGGCCAUUCUCAGUCAAUGGCUUAAAUUGAUAACCGAUAAUGUUGUUGGAUUGACACAUCUACAAAUGAAGCUUUACAAUCGCAAUUUCACCGUAGGCGAACGAAUCGAAUAUAUGGGAUGGGUGAAUGAGGGUGUCAUCAACAACAACAUCUCCUGGCAAAGUUACAAGCCACGCUUUCUAGUACUGAAAGGCACUGAAGUGAUGCUUUUUGAAACACCACCGUUAAAUGUCGCCGGUUUGUCGAAAGCAUUGGUGGCUUACAAAGUCUAUCAGACAAUGUUCCGCGUUGUGAAGGAAUCGGAAACGGUGGAUAGCCGUCAACAUUGCUUUCUACUGCAGAGCUCCGGACAUGAGCCUCGCUAUCUGAGCGUUGAGACGCGCCAGGAGUUGCUGCGUAUCGAGAAUAGUUGGAAUGCGGCCAUAGUCACGAGCGUAAUUAAAUUGGGCCGCAAAACUUUCGCCGUCUCACAUCACGGCAAAAGCGGUGGCCUGACGUUGGACUGGCAGUCUGGCUUCUCGCUAGCGGAAGGCGCCGACUCGGCCAUCGUUUGGCAAUAUAAAUUCUCCCAGCUACGCGGUUCGAGCGAUGAUGGAAAAUCAAAAUUAAAACUACAUUUUCAGGAUCAUGAAACGCGUGCAAUUGAAACAAAAAUCCAUUUGGUCGAUGAAUUCGACAUUUUACAAAUUGUGGGUGAAGGAUGGUUUGGAAAAAUUUUGCUGGUCGAACAUCGCGGCUCGCAAACCGAAAUGGUGUUGAAGGCCGUGCCAAAGCCAUACGUCUCAAUUCGUGACUUCUUUAGAGAAUUCCAUUAUGGACUGCAUCUGGGCAUACACCGGAAUAUAGUGACCACAUAUGAUGUGGCCUUCGAGACAGCGGGUUUCUAUAUAUUCACUCAAGAGUAUGCGCCACUAGGUGAUCUCACAUCUAACAUGACCGAUACAGGAGUUGGUGAAGAAUACUCUAAGCGUUUGGCCAAACAGAUCGGUGCGGCCUUGGAUUACAUGCAUUCAAAAGACAUUGUACAUCGAGAUGUGAAACUGGAUAAUGUGCUAAUAUAUCGAUCGGAUUUUACACGUGUCAAAAUAUGCGACUUCGGCGAAUCCUAUCAGGCGGGCACCAUUGUUGAGCGCCGCAACGAAUGGCUCCCCUAUAGUCCACCAGAAGUAUUAGAAAUCAAACCGGAAGGCACAUACACAGCCGAACCCAGCCAUGAUGUUUGGCAAUUUGGCAUUGUCAUCUUUGUCUGUCUGACUGGCUGUUUGCCUUGGCAAAAGGCCGCCUCCGAUGAUCCGCGUUAUGUACGUUACCUAGCGUGGUUUGGCGCAAACAUUCUGCCCAUGCGUCGGACACCGAAACUCUUUAAGUUACUCACUUCGCGCGCUCAGCGCAUGUUUAAACGCUUUUUGGAUCCACGCGCGGAGAGACGACCGAAAAAUUUAACUGAUUUAGCAAAGUUCCUUGACGAUCGUUGGUUAUCAAAAACAGCCGAAAAAGAAAUGGCCGAAUAUGAAACCGAUGAGCUAUGUCCGUCCAUGUAUUCCUUUCAUAGCAGCCCCGAUGAAAAGAACCGACUACUCUACACACUGGCUAAUUGUGGCCUAGAGACAAAUGUCGAUCGGCAAUCAAAGAAAAAUCGCAUCAAAGAUUGGAUCGAGGCAUCCGUUAUAACAGAGGAGGAUGAGGAGGAGCUGGACGAUGCCUCGCCCUCAUCUUCAGUGUCUCGUGAGCCAGUUGCUGGACACAUCUCUUCCAUUCGUGCCACCCUGGAGAAAAACAACGGAUUCAACACCACUCUGAAGGAUGCUGCUCAAAAACAUUUUGACCCCCGCACUGGCGCUUUGCAGGAGGGUCCCAGCGAAAUGGGCGCCAUCACGCAGACACACCAAAAAUCAUACAGUCCUUCAAUUGGCAACAUGUCUACAAUGAAUAACGGUGAUAGCCUUGCCGGCAGUCUGUUGACGUUGGGCUCCCGCCCGGAUCUACUACAAAGUCAUUUAGAAAUCUAUAAUUCUGAUUUCAAUUUGAGCCGUUUAGGUGAGCAAACAAAAUCAGCUCAAUUCUACGGGCAUAACCAAUCGCUUAGCAGCAACAAUUUACUAAUGGCCGACUAUGAAACGGCUUAUAAUUACUCAAAGAAUAAAAGCAGCGGUGCCGUUGCUACGAAAUCUGUUGGCUUAGACACGUAUGGACUGCCAAAUGAACAUAGGAAAAGCGCUUUAAAGCGAACUAAAUCUGAUUCUGUAAAAACCGUUAUGUUCGCUAGUAUGCCUGCUAUCAAUAAUAGUGACGCUUAUGCUGCUGGAUUUAAAUUGCCGCAAACGCAGCCACUAAACAAUGCUACUAAUCAAACGCUAACCAGUGCUAAUGCACCAAAUGCCACAUCUUUUUCUUCAAAUGCAAAUAUUACUAACGAUAGCAAUAUGCUCAUAGGCAGCGGCGAUGCAACGAAGCCCAAUUCAUCUGUGACGUUGUCGGGACUAGCUAAUGCCUUCCAUUCACUUGCCUCGAUCUCACUACCGACUAAGGCAGGCACUCCGGAAAAGCACCAGCAGCAGCAGCAGCAUCAGCAACAAGAACUGCAAAAGCAAGCCCAGCAGCAACUUAAGCAGCAACAGUUCGCAACACAUUAUUUAAAACAACAAGAGAAUGGUUCCUCAGUCAGAGAUAGCGCCUACGGAUCUGCAGAGGUCAGCGAGGGUCCAUCGCGAACAGUAAGCUAUGCCUCGAUGAAACCACAAUUCAAUGGUAAUGCUGAUUAUCAGAAUGGCGGUCAGACAAAUGGUAACCGUAGCCGCGCUUUGAGUCCAGAUGGGCGUCAACGACGGCCAGAGGAACAUCAGAUUUAUAGAGGUGCGCGAACGGGUAGCUUAAAAGAUUCGCCCUAUGAUAGGAUCACUGUGACAAAUAAUAAGAACAAUCGAAGAUAAAUUGAGCAGUGCCACCAAAGAUAUCCAUUCAAAUAAAAGUGAUACCACUGAUAUGUCUAGUCUUAAAA